AUGUUGCAAGAAACGGUUCAAAAAGUGGUUACGUGCAACGUUUCCUUCUACAACCUCAACUGCACCCUGUCGGAGCUGACCCAGCCGCAACGCGUGGCCCUGAUUUGCGUCUUUACCAUCAUCAUCACCAUCACGGUGGUGGGCAACAUCCUCACCAUCGUCUCCAUCCUCUACUUCAGGCAGCUGCAGACUCGCACCAACGUGCUCGCCCUUUCGCUGGCCCUCGCCGACUUCCUGGUGGGCUUCCUCAUCAUGCCCUUCUCCGUGAUGCGCACAGCCUACAGCUGCUGGUUCUAUGGCCAGCUCAUGUGCCGCAUCCACACGUGGCUUGACUAUACCUUCACCACGUGCUCCAUCUUCAACCUGGCGUGCAUCUCCAUUGAUCGCUAUGUGGCCAUCAGCGACCCGCUGCGCUAUGAUCAACGCGUGACCUACAGGAUACUGGCGGUGAUGCUCACCAUCUGCUGGAGCAACAUCAUCCCAUACGGUGUCUCAUACAUGCUGAAGCUCAACAUCAAUGGCAUCGAGAGCGUCGUCGCUGCCAAGAGCUGCCCGGACAACUGCUAUGUGUUCAUGAACGUCCCGUUCGGACUCGCCAACUCCAUGGGCGCCUACGUGCUGCCGAUGCUGUUCAUCAUGGCCGCAUACUCCAGGAUUUAUGUGAUGGCUCGGAAUCAGGCGAAGAGGAUCAGCUCGCUGGGAGACCAGGUCCGGGCGAGCAACGCAAGCGACUUAACCAUGCAGAGCAAGUGGAACGCCAUGAAGAGGGAUCACAACGCCACCAAGACCCUGGGCAUGAUCAUGGUGGUGCUGUUUAUCGUGUGGCUGCCCUUCAUCGUGGUGGUGGCCAUGGAGCCGGUGAUCGGCUACAGGAUGGACUCGACGGUGUGGGACGUGGCCAACUGGUUUACCUACUUCAACUCCACGAUGAACCCCAUUCUCUUUGCGUCCUUCAACAACUCGUUCCGAAGUGCAUUCUAUCUGAUCAUGAGCGGCAAGAUCCUGCGUGGCAGCUACAGAGGGACGGAUCUAUUCAACUUUAGGAGGUUAGAAAAAUAAUUAUAAUCAUCAGCAGCAGCAAUAGCAACAGCAGCAGCUGUUCUCUAUCCGCUGCUGGAUGAAGGCCUACCUCACCCCCCCACCAACCCAUCCCAUCUCUCACUGCAGCAAUCCAUCUAACACCUACAUGUGUCCCUCCGUGGUUAGUCUCGACUACUGGCGGUCAUUCCCUUGCAGUUACAAGUCCUGUCCGAGCCAGCUUGACUCUAAUGGAGUCGACAUGAUGUCUCCCUGUGCCUUGUGCGUGCCCUCUGAUCCA